UUUAGUAACUUCUGACUGUAGAAAUAUGUGUUGAAAUACCAUUCGAUAGAAUUACUCUCAGAAAGGGAAGUGUGAGUGUCUUCCGUAACCAUGGUGAACACGAUAAAGAACUUUUAGAUAAUUACUAAGAAUGAGUUUAAUCGUCUCAGUACGAUCUGUUUUAAUUUAUCAAAUAUGUUACUCGUUUAUUUUUCAUGUCUUUCUGGUGAUGCAUGUAUAAAAAAAAUAUAUAAAAAAGUCAGAUGGAGAGAAAAAUAGUAUCUUUCUCUGGUAAAUGACGUGUUGUAGAGGGGAAGGAAGGGAAGCUUAGACCACUACUGCUGAUCUGCAGGUUCACUAUCACCUCAGACUGCUCUGAGUGUUGACUACUCUGGAACACAGCGGAGAGACAGGGGAGGAAGGGACUUGACUGUCAGUUGGUAGUGGUGGAUGUAACCUUAUUAACACAGACUUGGGGAGGGUGCUGAACUCUGAGGUGCUGGUGGUUAACCUAACUAACAGAAAUUAGAACGAAGACUACAGAGUUUUACUAGAGGAUAACCUAACAGAAUUUAAAACAAAAGACUACAGAGUUUUAGGGGAGGAUAACCUAACUAACAGAAAUUAGAACAAAGACUACAGAGUUUUAGGGGAGGAUAACCUAACUAACAGAAAUUAAAACAAAGACUACUGAGUUUUAGGGGAGGAUAACCUAACAGAAUUUAAAACAAAGACUACAGAGUUUUAGGGGAGGAUAACCUAACUAACAGAAAUUAGAACAAAAGACUACAGCGUUUUACUAGAGGAUAACCUAACAGACUUGAGAGAGGACGUAGGCUACACUCAGGUGAAGGUCAAGAACUGUUUGAUUACCUCACACCGAGGGAGAGGAUGGAGGUUGUUUUCAAGGAGGGGAUGCUCUACGUUAGGGGAAACAAGUUUGGAAAGAAAACGUGGAGGAAGACGUGGAUCGUUCUCUACCCCACUAGCAUUUUCGGCAUCGGUCGAGUCGAAUUCCACGACAUCCUUGACGGAGGCCACACAACCACCAAGUCCAAGUCCACCCAGUGUAGGAGGAUUGUUCAGCUGUGUGACUGCCUCAGUGUUACCCUGGCCCCAGAGGAGAGCUUCCUUCCAGCACUACCUAAUGAUGACUGUAGAGCGUUCGACCUGAACACCACACAAAGAAGAUACACCCUGGCCUCAGAGAACUACCAUGACUGGGUGGGGGCUCUCUGCCAACUAGCCUUCCAGAAAGAGCCUGGACACACAGAGGCCAGAGAGAAGGAGAGAGGAGGUGGGAUGGGGAUACCUAUGGAGGAGAAUGAGCUGUAUGCUACCUGGAAGACAGCCCAAUACCAGGUGACAGUUAAGACCAAUGAGGCGUCAAGGAGAUGUCAGCUGACAGGAAGUUACCUCCUCUUGCCAGAACGAGACGCCAUAUUGCUCCAGGACCUCCAGACUGGUGUGACCGUCCACUGCUGGCCCUACCACCUGCUACGACGCUUCGGACAGGUCAAGGGGGGCUUCAGCAUCGAGGCGGGUCGUCGCUGUAGCUCGGGAGAGGGUCAAUUCACCUUCAUGUCUAAGCACGCUCCUCAGAUCUACAAAGCAAUGGAAGAUGCUCUUACUCUGCACAGCGAGAUGGAGAAUGAAGACACCAAGACCUCUAUCCAGCCUCCUAGCAACUCAUCGUCUCCUCAACUUCCUCAUUCUUCCACCUCCACUCACCCUCCACAUAACUCAUCGUCUCCUCAACUUCCUCAUUCUUCCACCUCCACUCAACCUCCACAUAACUCAUCGUCUCCUCAACUUCCUCAUUCUUCCACCUCUACUCACCCUCCUAUCAAACACAGAGUCCACACCCGCACCGACCUAUCAGACAGACCCACUGCCCCUCCUCUACCAAUGAGAAACAACCUCUUACACAGCCCUCCAAUCAUAUCUCCUGUUACUGAACAGGUUCCGGGGUCUGAGCCAAUGGCUGACUCUGAUUGUGAUCUGUAUGCCACUAUAGAGGACCACCUCCUCCCCAGAAUGAAGCACCCGCCAGCCCCACUCAGGAUGCAGCACAGCCUGCAUCUCUAUGAGGAGGAAGAGGAGGAGGAGAGGUGUCACUCCCUGGAUACCGUCGACCUGAACAAACUGAGGCUGGGGAUGGGGCUGGGAGAGGGGUCUCCUUAUUACAACCUGAGAAGGGGUAUUACUGGGAGGACAGAGGAGGAGGAGGAGGAGGAGAGGGAGAGUAUGGUGGGUAGCUCACAGUGUAUCUAUGCUUUAGUGAACAAGCCCUCUGAGACCCAACCACUGUCUAUGGCCUGGUCCCUGCCUCAACCCCAAACCCAGUCCCGGUCUAUGCCAAACCUCUCCCGCCUGCAGGCCCAGGCCCAGCUACAGGGGGAAGAAGAGAUGGGCUCGGGGGGCUCCAUCACCCCCAACCAGGACCCUAUCAGCUUUAAACAGAAGCUCUCUGACAUCCUGGGUAAGGAUCUGGCUAAGUUCCAGCAGCCCCUACCCCCCCUGGCCACAGUGACACCAAGAGGCAGUGAAUACUAAUGUCUACCGUUACUAAAAGACUUGUGACUGUUAUACCAGCUCUAUCAGAACUAGAAGACAUGGGGAGGGGACUGUUAUGCCAGCUCUAUCAGCUCUAUCAGAACUAGAAGACAUGGGGAGGGGACUGUUAAACCAGCUCUAUCAGAACUAGAAGACAUGGGGAGGUGACUUGUGACUGUUAUACCAGCUCUAUCAGCUCUAUCAGAACUAGAAGACAUGGGGAGGUGACUGUUAUACCAGCUCUAUCAGAACUAGAAGACAUGGGGAGGUGACUUGUGACUGUUAUAUCAGCUCUAUCAGCUCUAUCAGAACUAGAAGACAUGGGGAGGGGACUGUUAUACCAGCUCUAUCAGAACUAGAAGACAUGGGGAGGGGACUGUUAUGCCAGCUCUAUCAGCUCUAUCAGAACUAGAAGACAUGGGGAGGGGACUGUUAUACCAGCUCUAUCAGAACUAGAAGACAUGGGGAGGGGACUGUUAUGCCAGCUCUAUCAGCUCUAUCAGAACUAGAAGACAUGGGGAGGGGACUGUUAAACCAGCUCUAUCAGAACUAGAAGACAUGGGGAGGUGACUUGUGACUGUUAUACCAGCUCUAUCAGCUCUAUCAGAACUAGAAUACAUGGGGAGGUGACUGUUAUACCAGCUCUAUCAGAACUAGAAGACAUGGGGAGGUGACUUGUGACUGUUAUAUCAGCUCUAUCAGCUCUAUCAGAACUAGAAGACAUGGGGAGGGGACUGUUAUACCAGCUCUAUCAGAACUAGAAGACAUGGGGAGGGGACUGUUAUACCAGCUCUAUCAGAACUAGAAGACAUGGGGAGGGGACUGUUAUACCAGCUCUAUCAGAACUAGAAGACAUGGGGAGGUGACUGUUAAACCAGCUCUAUCAGAACUAGAAGACAUGGGGAGGGGACUGUUAUACUAGCUCUAUCAGAACUAGAAGACAUGGGGAGGGGACUGUUAUACCAGCUCUAUCAGAACUAGAAGACACGGGGAGGGGACUGUUAUACCAGCUCUAUCAGAACUAGAAGACAUGGGGAGGUGACUUGUGACUGUUAUACCAGCUCUAUCAGCUCUAUCAGAACUCGAAGACAUGGGGAGGGGACUGUUAAACCAGCUCUAUCAGAACUAGAAGACAUGGGGAGGUGACUUGUGACUGUUAUACCAGCUCUAUCAGAACUAGAAGACAUGGGGAGGGGACUUGUGACUGUUAUACCAGCUCUAUCAGAACUAGAAGACAUGGGAAGGUGACUUGUGACUGUUAUACCAGCUCUAUCAGAACUAGAAGACAUGGGAAGGUGACUUGUGACUGUUAUACCAGCUCUAUCAGAACUAGAAGACAUGGGAAGGUGACUUGUGACUGUUAUACCAGCUCUAUCAGAACUAGAAGACAUGGGGAGGUGACUUUGAGUGCCUGAAGAACUGCCAGUAUUAAAAGUGCACAAUUUAAUCAAAAGUGUAAUUGUGUGCAUUUGUAAAUUGCAUUUAUUUCAGCAUUUAGCCUAGAAAUCCCCCCAACCUCUCUACACCCCCUGGUCCCAGUGAAGCCAAAAAUACAGUGGCUGUAAUUAUCACUACUAGGACUCUAUCCCUACCUAAUCUCAUCUACCCAGAACAAUAUCAUGUAAGUUAUGUAGUCUGUUCACAAGACAUGCUACGAGAGAAGGAAACCAACCAGCAUUAUUCAAAAUAUAGGAUUCCAUCAAAAGUGUUGUGUGUGCAUUUGUAAAUUGCAUUUUUAUUUCAACAUUUACAUAUUAUGGAUGUAUCUCUUGCAUUAAAUUAAAAUAUAUUGAAACAACAUAUUGAGUUGACUAAAAGAA